AUGAUACGGAAUCAUACAAUACAAGACAAUGGCACUGGUAUUCGCACUGAGGAUUUGGGUAUUGUAUGUGAACGGUUUACUACCAGUAAAUUACAGCAAUUUGAAGAUUUGACUAAAAUAUCUACUUAUGGAUUUCGAGGUGAAGCGUUGGCUAGCAUAAGUCAUGUUGCUCAUUUGACAAUUACUACAAAAACCAAUGGAGCUCUUUGUGCUUACAAAGGAUUGUACAAAGAUGGCAAAUUAAAAGCUCCACCUAAAUCUUGUGCUGGUAAUGUUGGAACCAUAAUAACUGUUGAAGAUUUGUUCCAUAAUAUUGCUACAAGGAAAAAAUCAAUGAAAAGUUUUAAUGAAGAACAUUUGAAAGUUGUUGAAGUUGUGAGUCGAUAUGCUAUACAUAAUCCUUUGGUUGGGUUUACAGUAAAAAAACAAGGUGAAUUAUUGACCGAAGUAAAAACAAAUCAAGGUUCUACUCAUAUUGAUAAUAUUCAAGCUAUUUAUGGCUCAGCAAUAUCUAGAGCUUUGUUAGAAGUAAAUGAUAAUUGUAAUAUUCUUAAAGUUAAAAUUAAAGGCUAUGUGUCAAAUCCAAAUUUUUCAGCAAAGAAACAGAUUUUUAUAUUAUUCAUAAAUGAUCGUUUGGUUGAUUCCCAAGGAUUGAGAAAAGCUGUGGAUCAAGUAUACAGCAUUUAUUUAGCUAAAGGAUCACAUCCGUUCAUAUACCUAAGUUUAAACUUGGAUCCAAUGAAUGUUGAUGUCAAUGUGCAUCCAACAAAACAUGAAGUUCAUUUUUUACAUGAGGAUAAAGUUAUUGAUAAAGUUGUUGAUGCAAUUCAAGAUAAACUUUCUGGUACUAAUACAUCAAGAACAUUCUAUACUCAAACGAGGUUGCCAAUGUCUAGUGAUACAUUAAUAGAUAAAUCUAAUGAAAAUAUAGAAAUUAAAGAAAGUCAAAAAUUAAAGUUAGCAAAUUCCACAAAUGUUUCACAAAAUAAAAUGGUUAGAACAGAUUGUGCUGAACAAAAAAUUGACAAGUUCUUAAACACAAGUAAUAGUAAUAAUAGCACAUUAAUGUUGCCGAAAUCAAAGACUAAUGAUGUUAUUACCCGACGGGAAAUAAAACUGACCAGCGUGUUAUCUUUACGUAAAGAAAUUGAAAACCGCUGCAGUGACACCUUACAAACAAUUUUUCAGAAUCACAAGUAUGUUGGUGCAGCUUCUCCUACCUGGUCAUUAUUUCAACAUGAUACAAACCUAUACAUUUGUAAUUCUAAUAAUGUGUUACAAGAAAUGUUUUAUCAAAUUAUGGUGUACGAAUUUGGAAAUUUUGGUGUUAUAAAAUUUUCAAAUGCAUUAUCUAUUUAUGAGUUGAUAAUGAUUGCAUUAGAACUAUCAGAAUCUGGAUAUCAAGGAAAUGAGGAUAAACCAAAAGAAGAAUUAGCUCAUGAUGCUACUGAGAUAUUGACAUCUAGAACUUUAAUGUUAAAUGACUAUUUUUCCAUUGAAAUUGAUAAUGAUGCAAAUAUUUUGUCAAUACCCUUAUUGUUAGAGGGAUUUCUUCCAGAUUUAGAUGGACUACCAUUAUAUUUAUUACGUUUAGCUAGCGAAGUUGAUUGGUCCAGUGAAAAGCAAUGUUUUCUUGAUUUUUGUCGUGAAACAGCUAGAUUUUACAUAUUGCAUCCAUGGAAACAACAAUGUGGUGACAAUGAUGAUAUAUCAGAUGCUGCGCCUGACAGAAACUGGGCUUGGAGUUUAGAACAUGUGCUAUAUCCAUCUUUGCGAAAAUCAUUUCAACCUCCAAGACAUUUUUUGGAAGAUGGCACGUUAUUGCAAAUAGCUAGUUUACCUGAUAUGUACAAAGUAUUUGAGCGUUGUUAAUACAAUAACACAGUAUAUCAUUAUAACAGUUUAUUUUUUUUUUACUUAAAUAUAUGUUUUAACUCUUAGGUUUUGUAAAAAUAUUAUUUAUUUAUUGUUUAACUAAACCAUUUCUGAUUUCUAUAAACAAAAGAAUAUGUAUUAAAUAAAAUUUGAAACAUGAAAUCAAACAAGAAAAAUAUCAAUAACGAUGAAAAUAUUAA